GCUGUCACCACUCCCCCUAGGUGGCCCCGAGUCAGGACCCUGGAACGGGCCUCGAAAGAGAGGGUACCUGCCCAAGGCGGCCGCCGCCACGGAGAUUCGUGGGGACUAGCAACCGAAGACGGCGGCCGCCGCACCAGCUAUUGCGAGUGGAAGAUAAACAGCCGAUGCGGCCAUCGUGGCGGCCAGUCAAGGGAAAGAGAUAGCGAAGACCAGGACUUCAGUCUUAGCGAAGACAGGGAAAGAAUCCCCGAAGAUGGCGGCCACCGCUACAGGGGCUAUUCGGGCAGAAUAAAUGAAGACGUCGGCUUCUCCCGCAGUGACUCGAGAAGGGUCACCGAAGACCUAGGCCACCGCCACAGUGUGUCUCGGGGGAGAGUUUGGAGAGAUGGUGGCCAGAGUCAUAGCUGCUCGUGGGAGAGAGUAAGGGGAGACCGCUUCCGAACUAGCGACUCCGGGGAGAGAGGCAGUGACGACCGCAGCCGCCGUCUCAGUGCCUCUUGGGAGGGAGGGAGUGUCUAUGGCGGGCCCAGUCUCAGUAGUUCCUGGGAGGGAGUAAGUGAAGACUGCGGCUACGCGGCCAGCGAAUCCUCCGCGGUGAGCGUCAGCGAAGACUCCAGCCGUCGCCUCUGUGGCACGUGGGGGACAGAGAGUGGAGAGGAAGGGUCCUACCGCAGGGGCUCCUGGGCGAGAACGAGGGAGGACUGUGAUCCCACGUCCAGCGGCGUCUGGGACCACUGCAGUGGCUCUUGGGUGACCGCAAGUGUAGAGCGCCGCAGUAGCAGGGGCCUGCACCCAGCUCCUCCCGGGAGUCCGAGGGAUCGCAUGAUGCCGGGGGUGUCGGAUUCAGGCCCCUCCACCUCUACAGAGACUGCAACCCCGUUAGGUGCCAGGAAGAAGGUUCAUUUUGGCAGCGUACGUGAUGCAAUACAAGCUGGAGAUGUAAAGCAGCUUUCAGAAAUAAUAGAACGUGGAGCCAGUAUUAAUGAAGUUGACACUCUCCAUAAACUUACCCCUUUACAUUGGGCAGCACAUUCUGGAAGUUUGGAGUGUCUUCAUUGGCUCCUCUGGCAUGGAGCAGAUAUUGCACAAGUAACCACACAAGGUUGGACAGCAGCUCACAUAGCUGCCAUCAGGGGUCAGGAUGCUUGUAUGCAGGCUCUUACAAUCAAUGGAGCAAAUCUGGCAGCACAGGACAAUCAUGGAUGCACUCCUUUACACCUUGCUGCAACACAUGGACAUUCUUUCACUUUACAAAUAAUGCUCCGAAGUGGAGUGGUGAGGGAUUCCUGUUACUAUGAUCCCAGCGUGACUGAUAAGAGAGAAUGGAAACCUGUACAUUAUGCAGCUUUUCAUGGACGGCUUGGCUGUUUGCAACUUCUAGUUAAAUGGGGAUGCGGCAUAGAAGAUGUGGACUACAAUGGAAACCUUCCAAUUCACUUAGCAGCCAUGGAAGGCCACCUUCACUGUUUUAAAUUCCUACUCAGUAGAAUGAGCAAUACAACACAAGCUUUAAAAGCCUUCAAUGAUAAUGGAGAAAAUGUUAUGGACCUGGCCCAGAGGUUCUUUAAGAAGAACAUUUUACAGUUUAUCCAGGGGGCUGAGUAUGAAGGAAAUGAUCCAAAAGAUCAGGAAGCUUUAGCAUUUCCAGGUCACGUGGCUGCCUUUAAGGGUGAUCUGGAAGUGCUUAAGAAAUUACUAGAAGAUGGAGUAAUCAAUAUUAAUGAACGUGAUAAUAAUGGAUCAACUCCUAUGCAUAAAGCUGCUGGACAAGGCCAUAUUGAGUGUUUGCAGUGGUUAAUUAAAAUGGGAGCAGACAGCAAUAUUACCAACAAAGCAUUGGAGAAACCCAGUGAUGUGGCUAAGAGGUUUGCCCAUUUGGCAGCAGUAAAGCUAUUGGAGGGGCUACAGAAAUAUGACACAGAUGAUGAGGAUGAAAUUGAUGAAGACAAUAUGAAAUUUUUUACAAGACAUGGUGUUGAGGGAAGCACCGAUGCCAAGGAUGAUUUAGGUCUCAGUGAGUCAGAUAAGACGGAUGCUAGAAAGAGAGCUUAUAAGAAAAUUGUAGAAUUGAGACACCUCCUGGAAAUUGCUGAGAGCAACUAUAAACACUUGGGAGGGAUAACAGAAGAAGAUGUAAAGCAGAAGAAACAACGGCUCAAGUCUGAAAAAACUAUCAAAGAGCUGCAGGGCCAGCUGGAGUAUGAACGACUACGCCGAGAAGAAUCAGAAUGCCAGCUGGAUGAGUACCGAGCAGAGGUGGACCAACUCAGGGAGGCACUGGAGAAAAUCCAGGCCCCCAGCUUUGUGGCUAUGGAAGAUGACUCUUCUUGUGUGUCAAGCAAAGAGAAGAGGCGCAUGAAGAAAAAGGUGGCUUCUGGAGGAGUUUUUGUGAGAAGCUGUAUGAUAUAGGUAUAUUUUAUAGAUGGCGAUUAAGUAAUUUGCCCAGACUCACACAGCGAUGUGGAGACAGGAUUCAACCUUAGCAACGAAAGGCCCGAGUCUGCAUUCUUAACCACGACUGGAAUUCCCAUAUUCGCCAUCUUCCUCACCUUCUGGGACUACACACAGUCUUACAUUUUCCGUCUUAGUCUGGUAACCCUGAAGUUAAUUCCAACCCUGGAAAUAGUCUGUCAUACUUGCUCCAGUUUUUAUCAAGGCCACACUCCAGUCUCUCUGCACCAGUGAGGUGGGAAGUACCAGAAGCAUACACCCUCGUGGCAGCAGUUCCUUGGUUGUCCCCCAAUAUGUGUUCUCCCUUUUCUCCAUGGUAUUAGGAUUUACUUGAGCUUGUGGCUUCUUGGGUUAGAGUAACUUCUCAGUUUCCUCUGAAGCUAAGAUACCAAGUUCUGGCCAACAGAGCGUGAGCAAAAAUGAUGUGUAUAACCUUAGGGUCAUUCCCUAGGAAAGGGCCUGCCCACAUCCUCUGGAAUGUGGAUGUGGUGGUGAGUCAUUGGACUUCAUGGGUGAGGACAACACCAGGAAUGGUAGAGUAAUAAGCUAAAAAGGCCUUGGGCCGAUACCAUGGGGCUGACAUAUUAGCCCAGGAAUGCUUACAUUUGGACUGUAGGUUAAGAGAGAAAUAAACCUCUAUGUUAUUUAA